AUGUUGGAACUUCUGCUGAACACGCGACAACGCAACCAGCUAAGAAACAGCGUGUUUAUACUCAAUGUUUACAGUAAUCCCACGGACUCCCGACAGCAGUUCAAGACGAUACUCAAUAAGUCCGUCGACCUGACCGGCACCCAUCCCCUUCUCGCCGUCGGGGACUUCAAUGCCCCGUACGGAUUAUGGGGCUACGUCUACGACACGAGCAAGGGCCGGGGUCUGUGGCAGAACGCCAACGAAAUGGGCCUCACGCUCAUCACGGGCAAGGCGUUCCCGACCCGUAUCGGCAACUCAGUGACGAGGGACAUCACCCCCGAUCUGGCAUUCGUGAAGAACGUUGACGCAGCCGAGUGGAGUAACACCGCAAUGGAUUUUGGUAGCGACCAUUACGUGCUCGAGACUCGCUUCGACGUCGCCCGAUGUAAAACAAGAGAGUGUACCGUCACAGAUUGGGAUCACUUUCGCAAGCUCCGCGGCAACGAAAGGGCACCCGCUCCCAGAGACCUGGAAGACUGGUGCGAGGGAAUCAAGAGUGACGCGGAGAGAUCCACUAAGAAGAUCGUCACCGAACUGCAGGUAGAGAUGAUGGAUAGCAGUCUAGCCCAUCUGGCUGAGUCCAAGCAGGCGCUGCUCCUCCGAUGUAAGGGAGAAAGGUUCAACCGAAGACUGCGGAAAAAGAUCUCAGAGCUCAACAAGGCCAUCGAAGAUCACUGUCGGACCCUGUGCAAGCAGCAAUGGGACGAGGUCUGCGACUCGAUCGACGGCCAGACGCGCAACGGCAAAGCCAGGCGCUUGCUCAAACAUCUCCUCGACGAGGGUUGCAAGAGAUCCAAUAGAAGACACACGCUUGCCAGAGCCCUGCACGAAGCUACCAGAUCCUGUUCCAGGGACAAGUUGGUUGCCAAGCUCUUGGAGAAGUAUCUGCCCGUAAAGCACGGCGAUGAGGAGGUACAGUUUCCCGAGAACCUUGGCCCGGCCCGUCCGGAGCUGGACGAGGACUUCACCGUGGCGGAAGUCAGGCAAGCCAUUUUUGCACUCAACAGCAAGUCGGCGCCGCGUUCCUACGGCAUCACCAAUAAGAUGCUGCGGAAUCUCGACGACCGUUCGAUUGAAUACGUCAACGAGAAGAUCAACGAGAGGUGGAGAAACGGCAGUGUCCCAGAAAAAUCGAAGACCACCAACACCGUCCUGAUCCACAAACAAGGCAAGGCUCCGAAUGUUGAUAACCUCUGUCCCAUCUAUCUGACGUCUUGCGUCGGGAUAGGGGCGGAGCACGUCGUUCUCAACAGAAUAAGCAGAUAUCUCGAAGACAACAGCGUCUAUAGCCACAACAUGAUUGGCUUCCGAGCCGGCCUGCCGACGCAGGACGCCAUGAAGAUGAUCAAACAUCAAAUCAUCGACCUCAAUACCAGGGACCCCAGGGCCUUGCUCGGACUCGACCUCGAGAAGGCGUUUGACAAAGCUCUCCAUGCAUACAUCCUGGCUUCUGUCGCGGACCUCGAACUGGGCCCCAGACUGUAUACCUACGUUCGGUCCUUCCUGACCGGAAGGAAAGCGAAGCUGCGAUUUGGUGACUUCGUCUCCGACGAAGUGCUCCUGGGCCUACGGGGUACGCCGCAAGUCUGUUAUUUCGCCCACUCUCUUCAACAUCUGCAUGGUCGGACUCUUGAGGAAGCUGGCCCAAGUCGAAGGUAUCAUGACAUCACGAUCUGCUCCACCGGCGGUAGUGAGGGCCAAGUAGAAAGUGCCCUGCAAGAUGCCGUAGACGUCUCGGAAGACUACCUGCUACCCACCGGACUCAGGUGCAACACGACCAAAUCCAAAGCACCUGCUUUACAGAAAAGAAAAAUGGGGCAGACCCAAGAGCUGGAAGCCGGUCUCUGA